GGCAGCCUACUUGCACCCGGCUGUCAAUUAAAGAUCGCUGUUUGAUCGCCAAGAUGCGUUCUGAAAAAACUGUAUAAAUAUUUUACAUUAUGUGCAUCGCAAUCGAAUUAUAAUUUACGAUGAUAUCCACGAGAUACGUAUCAUUCCUAUUGGGAAUAGUGAUAGCUUCCUUAACAUGGGCUUUCAGUUUAUAUCUCUAUUCAAGACUGUCGCAAAACAAUAUCACUGCCAGCCCCACGAUGUUAAUUCCUGGUAUAUCUAUGCAUAAAGAAAAAGAAAUUGAUAAAGAAAUCAUGCUACGUGACAACGUUAUUGUCGCUCGCAACGAAAAACAAAUUCUCUCCGAUAAGAAAGCCUACAAUCUGAAGGUCCAUAAAGAUGAUAGGAGCAAUAAUCUACUCUUAAAGCAAUUACAACCUGCUCCAGUAAAACCUGCAGUUACCUUGGAUCAAGGUUUAGAUGAAUUAGGUAUGGUAAAAAAUAUGGAAGAUCAACAAAAAAGAACUAUAGGAUACAAGAAUUAUGCUUUCAAUGUCUUGAUAUCAGACAACCUUGGAGUACGAAGAAAUGUACCAGAUACGAGGCAUAAAUUGUGCAAAACACAAAAAUACUCCUCCAAUCUGCCAAAUGCCAGUAUAAUUAUUUGUUUCUACAAUGAACAUUAUACAACGCUGUUGCGAUCCUUACAUUCUAUACUUGAGAGAACGCCGGCGGCUCUCCUGCAUGAGAUUAUUUUGGUGAAUGAUUUUAGUGACAGCGAUAUAUUGCAUGAAAAAAUACAUGCAUAUAUCAAGAACAAUUUUGGUGCUAAAGUACGAUUGUUUAAGACGAAGAAAAGAGAAGGAUUAAUUAGAGCACGAGUUUUUGGAGCGAGAAAAGCUACCGGCGAUGUUCUAAUCUUUCUAGAUAGUCACAUAGAAGUAAAUGAAAUAUGGAUAGAGCCACUUUUAUCAAGGAUUGCUUAUUCGAAAACUAUUGUACCAAUGCCGGUAAUUGAUAUUAUUAAUGCGGAUACAUUUCAAUAUACUGGCAGUCCAUUGGUGAGAGGUGGCUUUAACUGGGGUCUUCACUUUAAAUGGGAUAAUUUACCAAUUGGAACAUUAAAACAUGAGAAUGAUUUUGUAAAGCCUAUCAAAUCGCCAACAAUGGCCGGCGGAUUGUUUGCCAUUGAUAGAGAAUAUUUUAUAAAGAUAGGAGAAUACGACACUGGCAUGGACGUUUGGGGUGGAGAAAAUCUUGAAAUAUCAUUCCGAAUAUGGAUGUGUGGUGGUAGUAUCGAGUUGAUUCCCUGUUCACGGGUAGGUCAUGUAUUUAGAAGACGACGACCGUAUGGCUCGGACGAUCCACACGACACCAUGUUGAAAAACUCAUUACGAGUUGCGCACGUAUGGAUGGACGAGUAUAAAGAUUAUUUCCUGAAAAAUGCUAAAGCAAUUGAUUACGGCGAUAUCUCGGAACGGCUAGCAUUGCGCCAAAAGUUAGAGUGCAAGACUUUUGACUGGUAUUUGAAGGUGGUUUAUCCAGAAUUAACAUUGCCUGAUGAUACAGAAAAACGACUAAAAGAUAAGUGGUCUAAACUCGAACAAAGACCAAUGCAACCUUGGCAUUCAAGGAAAAGAAAUUAUACUGAUCAGUAUCAAAUUAGACUUUCAAAUUCUGUGCUCUGUAUUCAGAGUGAGAAGGAUAUCAAAACCAAAGGCUCAAAACUUAUCUUGAUGCCGUGUUUAAGAAUUAAAUCACAGAUGUGGUAUGAGACUGAUAAAAAUGAACUAGUUCUUGGUCAAAUGCUUUGCAUGGAAGGAACUGAAAAAAUUCCAAAACUUGGAAAAUGUCACGAAAUGGGCGGAAAUCAAGAUUGGCACCAUAAACGCAUUAACGGUACACCUAUCUACAAUAUGGCAGCAGGAACCUGUCUAGGAGUGAUACAUGAUGCAAGAAAUGCACAAAUUGUUAUGGAUUUAUGCACAAAACCGAAUACAGCGCUGAUAACUUGGGAUCUCGUCCGAUCAAGGAUUCCGUCAAAAGAAAUUAGAUGACGUAAAAAGAAAGGUCGUAAAAAUAGGAAAAGAGAUUAUGAAGAUUGGCUUGGAAGAAGAUGGUAGAUUUUAUUUGUAAAUUGUAUAUAUUUGAUUGUAAUUAGAGAUAAAAUAUUUCAUGCAUUGAACUUUAAAAUCUACCAAAAAUUGUGUAAGAAGUUAGCUCUAAAAUAAUUGAAAGUAUGACUGUAUAGAAAAUUACAUCUCUUUGAAA